AUGGCCACUGUUCGGAUCUGUGUCUGCGGCGACGAAAGCACUGGCAAAUCCAGCCUCAUCGCCUCUCUUGUUAAAGAUCAAUUUGUCAACAACAAGAUCCAACCCGUCCUUCCUCAAAUCACCAUCCCGCCGAGCAUCGGUACGCCUGAAAAUGUCUCGACUACCAUCGUCGACACCUCGGCUCGCCCACAAGACCGGACUACGUUACGAAAAGAAAUUCGAAAGUGCAAUGUCAUUCUUCUUGUCUACGCCGACCACUAUAGCUAUGAAAGGGUGGCACUGUUCUGGAUGCCGUAUUUCCGAUCUUUAGGUGUCAACGUUCCUGUCGUAUUAUGUGCCAAUAAAUCCGAUCUGGUCGGUCAAGGCACCACACCGCAGGUGGUUGAGGAGGAACUGUUACCCGUCAUGGCCGAGUUUCGUGAGGUCGACUCCUGCAUCCGUACCAGCGCCCGCGACCAUCGAAACGUGAACGAAGUGUUCUUCCUCUGCCAAAAGGCUGUCACCCACCCAAUCGCCCCUCUAUUCGACUACAAGGAGGGCCAUCUCAAGCCUUUGUGUAUCAACGCUUUAAAGCGUAUCUUCUACCUCUGCGACAAGGACCAGGACGGCUAUCUUAACGAGCAGGAAAUGCGUGACUUCCAAGCCCGUUGUUUCGAUAAACAUUUGACGACUGACGAUCUGGACAACAUCAAACUCAGCAUCGCGAAGUCGUUGCCCGCUUCUGAUCUAGAAAAGGGGAUUGACCUGCCAGGAUUUCUGCAACUGAACAAGCUUUAUGCCGAGAAGGGACGCCAUGAGACUAUUUGGAUCAUUCUUCGAAAGUUCCACUAUACUGAUAGUCUGAGUCUUGAAGACAAGUUUAUUCGGCCAAAGUUUGAGGUCCCAGAAUACUCUUCUGCUGAGCUGAGUCCUGCUGGUUAUAGGUUCUUUGUGGACCUGUUCCUGAUCUUUGAUAAGGAUAACGAUGGCGGUCUCAAUGAUGAGGAGCUGGAGGCUCUGUUUGCCCCGGCUCCGGGACUGCCUAGUUCUUGGACCGACUCAUCGUUCCCCUCCUCGACUGUGAGAAACGAGGCUGGCCAUGUUACUCUUCAAGGCUGGCUUGCUCAGUGGAGCAUGACAACUUUCAUUGAACCCAAGACUACUAUCGAAUAUCUUGCCUAUCUUGGUUUUGAGCCUUCGAAUCCCAAGGACUCCAUCACCGCUGCACUCAAGAUCACAAAGCCUCGUAAGAGGAGAAGUCGUCUUGGCCGAGUCGAGCGCAACGUAGUGCUCUGCUACGUUCUUGGUGCAUCAGGUGCAGGAAAGUCUGCUCUUCUCGACUCAUUCCUCAAUCGGCCAUUUUACGGUCUAUACCAUCCAACUAUCAAACCUCGCCGCGCAGUAAACAGUGUGGAGUUGCCUGGUGGAAAGCAAGUAUAUCUUAUUCUGGAGGAGCUUGGUGAACUUGAACCUGCAAUCCUCGAGAACCGAGCCAAACUGGACGCCUGCGAUCUCAUUUGCUAUGCAUACGACUCGUCAGACCCUGACUCGUUCUCUCAUAUCGUCGACUUGCGAAAAAAGUACCCGCACCUUGAUGAGCUCCCCUCUAUCUACACUGCACUCAAAGCCGACAAAGACAAAACCAACCAACGCUGCGAGCUCCAGCCAGACCAGUACACCUCUUCGCUUAGCAUGAGCCUCCCACUGCAUGUCAGUGUCACCUGGGGCAGUAUCAGUGAGCUUUUCGUAGCCUAUGCAGAUGCUGCCACGACCCCUAGCACUGCGUUCCCCAAGAGUAACGAAGAAGGGCCCGACAGAACGAGUCUGUACAUCGCACUUGGAGCCACAGCUUGUGCGGGUGUUGCUGCGUUGACAAUAUGGCGGCGUGCAACUAACGCUUUAUAA